AUAACAAGUGAACUGACAACGCCAGUUUGGGAUGUGAGGGAAACAUGGCUGCUUCCUUGGUUAGGUGUUUGAGGGGGCUGUAUGUUUUGUUUUUGAUAUGUCUCCUUUUCGCCUCUGCUUUCCUGAAUUUAGAGGAAUUAAAUGAAAUGAAAUAUGGCAUCCAGAUUCUGCCAGACCCGGUUAUCAUGGGCCAGGUGGAGGAUGUAAUGUUGGUCUCCAACAAGUACAAGCAGCUGUAUGAGUGUCGCUUACCUGCCCAGGCAGUCCGCUUCCACCAGGAUCCUGUACCAGAGGCUGACUCUCAGGGCUACAGUGGACCGGGGAUCACUGAGCUCCUGAAGCCCAUGCAGACUGCUCCCUGCCUUGUCAAGACCAAAGACUGGUGGACCUAUGAGUUCUGUUAUGGCCAGCACAUUCGACAGUAUCAUUUGGAAGAUUCAGAAAUCAAGGGUGAUGUCCUCUUCCUGGGUUAUUUUGAAUCAGAAUUUGACUGGACCAAUGAAACUGCAAAGGCCACUAAACAACACAAGCUGAAGAGAUACCACAGCCAGUCUUAUAUCAAUGGUUCCAAGUGUGAUCUAAAUGGCAGCCCAAGGGAGUCAGAAGUCAGGUUUGUUUGUGAGGAGAGUUCAAGUGAUUUUAUUGCUCGUGUGGAUGAACCUCAGUCCUGUCGCUAUGUUCUCACCAUACACACCUCUCGCACGUGUCAACACCCACUCCUGCGCCCACCCUCCUCUGCCAAACCACAGGGCAUUGUGUGUCAGCCUGCUCUCAGUGCUCAGCAGUACAUGGACUAUGUCAAAGCGCAAGUCUCUGACACUAAACGUAAAGUGGAGCAGAUCUCAGAAGAGCUAAGAAACCUGGAUCAAAUUUUGUCCAAAGAUCAAACCAGUGAGACGACAGCAGCAGCAAAUGACAAAAUAGAAGAAGAGUCUGCAGCAUCCAGUUAUAAGCUGGCCUCAGAGACUGAGGAUAAAGAGGCUGUAGAGGAAGAGGCUGAAUUGGCCAAUGUGGAGCCAGAUGAUAAAGAUUUCUGGGAUGGUGUCACCAAACCAGAGAGUACAGAUCAACAGACACCUGAAGCACAGGAGUUUGAUGAUUCUCUGGAAAACCAGCCUCAAGACAAUGACCUAUUCGGGGAGGAAAAGUUUAAUUUUAAAAUAAUCACAGACCCUGCUGACCUAAUGAAGUUUGUUCAGCACCUCAGGGAGAGCAACAAAAAAAAGGCACAUCACAAAAAUGAGAAAAGCCAGUCACCUUCACAAAAAAGUGAACCUGAGGAGGCAAAGAUGAAAGAAACCGAGGUUGACAAAGAGGAAGGAGAUGAAGAUGAGCAACUUCUUAAGGAGUUUGAGGAAGAAAUGGCUGAUCUGACUGUGCCUCCUUCCAAGAUUGAAGAAAUAAAAGAAGAAAUGGAGAAAGAGUUUGAUAACAUCAUAGAAGAGGCUCAGCAGGAAUUAGAAUCAGAGGGCCUGAAGGGGGAAUUUGAUCGGUCCCAAGCAACUCAGACUUUGGAGAACACUUUAGGCAAACUUCUGGAUCGUUUGGAGGAUAGGACGGGAGAGGAUGCAGAAUCAGAAGAUACAGAAGCUCAUACAAACCCACAAAAAAACACACAAGAUCCACCUGAGACAGAAACAGACUCUGCUAGUGGUGGUCCCAGUCUUGUCCCCAAAACCCCAGCACGGGAGCUUGGCAAUGGGGAGCAGGUAAAAAUCAGGGUGACUAAGUAUAAGGUGGGUGGAGACGUGGCUGCGGGAGCGGUUGCCGGGGGCGAUGGUCGUGAGGGAGGUGUGCAGGUGCGAGAGCUGGGCGAAAGUGACCCCCAGUGGCAGCAGAUUAAGGAUGUGGUCACAGAGCAGCUAGGAAAGGCUGGCAUCAAGGCCGAAGGCAAGAUUGAGGUAAAAAUCUUAACGCGUAAAACAGCAGAGGAAGCCGGAGACCAGUGGCUAAGUGAGGAGGAUACCAAAUCUUUUAGAGAACUACUCAUCAACCUACUGACUGGAGGCACAGAGGAAGUGUACAAAGAGCAAAAGAGGCAGCAGGAGUUGGAGAACAAUUACAGAUUUGUUUGGGGAGAAAAACAGGAAGAGAGUCAGUCUUCAGGAACCAGCGAUUCAGAUGAACUCGAUUUCUGAACCUGGAUUUCUCUUCAAUUUCCUUUCUUCAGACCUCAGGGAGGUAGAAGAAAUAAACGAAUAAACUGUACAUUGGAAUACAAAAGAACUUUGGACUCUUUAGCUCCUGUACAGCCUUUGCUUGGACUGCAGUUUUUUGCAAACACUGUGGUUGUCCUUUUUUCAUGCUGUGACAAUUUGGACAAUAUGUGGCUUAAUCAUAAAACUCUGAAUGAAAGUCUCAUGAAACCUGAGAGGGGAAUUAAAGCCUCUCGCACUCCAGAAUGAUGCGUUCCCAUUGUAAAAGCACCCGUGAACAAUAAAUCCUGGAGUACAUUUUCUUAUGUUAUAAACAAACAUACUGAAUGUUUGAUACAACUGUUACUGUUAUGUAACAGUAUUUUUUCUUUGCAGUUUAUUGCUAAUGCUGCCUACUUCCUGAACCCAUGCGAUGCUAAUUACAUUUGUAUGUGUCUGUGUGGUUUAGAUGUGAUGAUAUAACAGAUUUUGGACUGUUAGUAAUUGUAAUAUCUGUUCUGAGAGUGGUGAGUGCUGUACAGGUAGAUGUACAGAUAGAUGUUCUAUUUCACAAUGAAGGGCUGUUCUACUUUGGCUUUUGUUUCAUGCAUUUUAACAAUCUCUAAGGUUUCCCAUGUGAUUAUUGGAUCACUGACACCUGGAGGAAUAGGUGAUGUUCUGAAUCCAAUACAGGCGUAUUUUGCUGUGAGAGAAUCUAAGAUAUUGCAAAAUCUUGAGUGAGAUUAUAGGACAGAGUUUAUUGCAUUUUAAAUAAAUGAGCCCUGUUUAAAAUGUUAUCCUUGAUUAUAUCAAAUAAUCAAGACACAUAGGAAAAAUAUGUAAAACAAUGUUGUCUUCUACAGUUGGGACACUUUAUUGUUGACAUAUAAUGGUAUGCAUACUUUCACUGAGCACUUUUUAUGAACCCUAAUACUGGAUGGGGCAUGCUCUCAAAACAGCCUCAUUUUACAUUGGCAUGGAUCCUGUUGACAUGAUUGCUUUGUGCAAUUCCUACAGAUUCCACAAGGGUUGUAUUGGAUUUAGACCUGGUGACGAGGAAGGCCACUGACAAGCUCAUUGUUAUGUCUCAGAAAUAAAUGACCUGACUUUUGCUGUGCAACAUAGUGGGUGCAUUAUCAUUGUGCAAGUAGCCAUUAGAAGAAUUGGUCAUGAAGGGGUACAUAAGGUCAGCUCACCACAAUUAUACUGAGUGGUUAUCUGAGUUCCUGUAGCAUUGUGUUGGAUUAAACCAGUCUGCAUAUUGUUCAUUGACCUUUCUCAUCAACAAGGUGUUUCUAUCUGCAGUAUUUCUACUCACUGGAUGUUUUUUUUUUAUAUUACAUAAUUCUGAGUAAACUGUACAAACUUUUUCUGCUGAAAAUCCAGGAGAUCAGCUGUUCUAGAAAUACUCAGAAAUACUAAAAUCUGUUAACCUGGCACCAACAGCUAUGCCACAUUCCAAAUGACUGAGAUCUUAUUGUUGCCCCUUCUGUUGGUAAACGAAAACAAUGUGCUGAGUCAUGAUUCUAUGCAUUUUUAUGCAGUGCAUUGCUGCCACAUGAUUGGCUGCUCAGAUGAUAUUGCACAAAUCAGUAGGUGUACAGGUCUUCUUAAUAAAGUGCUCAGUGAAUAUAUGCUGCUGACUUGACCCAGUACAAAUACAAAUAUAGUCUGUAAUUAAUGACAAGGCAAACUUUUAAUAGCAUAUCAGAUUCUGAUGCCCAAGCUCCAUCCCAUGUUUGGACUGCUUUAAUAAAUAUAGAGACAGUGCUAUAAUCAAUUAUUUUCAGUCUAUUUUGCGCAUUGUUCCCAAUUCAUUGAUGCUAAAUUAGGUUUGGUGAGCUUAAUGCCAUACUAUCUUGUUUAGCCCAAAUUACUGUGCAAUUACUGCUGCACGUUGCGACCAAUAAAAUACAGGUUUUUGAGAUUUUAUUGACCAUUCUCUCUUGUCCAAGGAAAUGAGCUGUACAGCAGGAUUGUUUUUGCACAUAAAUUGUGUUUUUUUUUUCUCCCAAACAGGCUUGUAGCCAAACAGCCUCUCAAAGAAUAUGACUGCUAUGGAUGUGAGAUAUUUAAUAUGUAUUUUCUAUUUGUCUUUUGCACAGUCCCAGCAGAUAAGGGCUCUCUCUGUGUAAACUUUGUGAAUAGAUCUUUAGUAGUUUGUACAUAUCUGUGAUAUUGCUGGUUCUCUGUUCUGCUUGCCAUCAGUGGCAUAACCCCAGUAAAGCUCAAUCCAAGCACACA